AUUUCACACCCACUUUGCUCAAACGGCAGAACGCACUCAACGGCAGAGCUCCGCAAACGCACAAAGUUGAGAUAGACGUUGUUUCUUGUGAUUACGUUUGUACUUAUACUAUUGCACAGAACGAAAGAGAAGCUAAAGAAUACGUGUGUGCUAAGACUAGGAAAAUGGGUUGUUUUGAUUCAUGUUUAAGAUGCCUCAGCCUUGUACCAUGGGCGUCUCUUAUUGCUGCUGUUCUAUGCUGGGCAGGCACAGCUUUAUUCUGUGGAACAGCCCAUGAAGCAGUAAGCAACAGCUACAUAUUACUUAACUCAACAGACUUUUAUUGGAAUGAAACAUCGACAGAUACAAUAAUUCAAAACUUCAAAUACUCCAUUUACGGUAUUGCUGCUUUUAUGUUCGUGCUUUCCAUUUUACUUUUCGUGGAUGGAAUUUUAUCCACAAGGGUUGUGAAAAGUGAUUAUGAAGAGGGAUGCAAAACAUCUUGUUGUGGUCUUUGUAUCGGCAUAUUUUACACCAUGCUUGUGUAUAUUUGUGGAGUGGGUUGGUUACUGAUUACUUGCUUUGCCGCAUUUCCAAUUCAUUUCUUCAUCGUUGCCAACUCACAGUGCAAAGCAAAUACUUGCAUUGACUUCAGACAAACAGGAAUUCUUCCUGCGCAUCUUCCAGAUGAUAUUGGCAGAAUAUGUGGUGAUGAUCUUACUAAAUUCUGUAGCACACCAACGUUCAACGUGACUUAUCAGCUUUAUAUAGUUGCGUUUGCUGGGGCUGCAAUAACGCUCUUAAGCAUGAAACAAUUUCUGAUGUGUCUCUCUGCCAACUUUGCCUACCUAAAAAUGACCAAGAAGUUAGCAGUUUAUGAAGAUACAAAAUAUAGAGAAGAAAUGGAACUAAAUGAUAUCAUCAAUACUGCCAGAUCAAAUGAAAGAUUAACGUACAAGUAUUAAUUCCAAAGCUCAUGUUACUGGUCAGCUUUUUAUUUAUACUGUAAUGGUAUUGGUCAGACUUAUUGUACUAUAAGUGUAAAAAUGUAUAUAAUACUUCUUUUAACGGUAUUUGAAUUGUGCGAAUUGUUUUAUGUAAAUCAUCAUUUCAUAUUGCAAUGCUCGGUGUUAUGUAAUUUAUAAACACAUGUGCCAUCAUUUGUAUUCACUUAUUGCCCAUGCAUUGUCGUUAGUUGCUAAUUUUAAACCUGGAAGCCCCUGGGGCAAUGGCUCGCAUGUUACGGUGAACUACAGAUCCUAGCUGGGCCAAGGUUAAUUCAAUUAUCUUUCCCAAAGGAACGUGUUGUUUUUCUCAGUGUUUAAAUACGAAGUGUCAUUGAUUUUAUUAACAACGCUCCAUUUGCCAAUACACCUCAUUAUUUAAGUCUUCCUACAUCUGGUAUAGCAGCUUGCCUUUUAAAUAGGUAAUUUUUAAUUGUCAACGAUACACGUUAUUUAACGGUGCUUCUUUCGUUAUUGUCUUACCACAAAACAGUUGCCAUGUUACAUAUCGGUGCUUUGCAAUUUAAGUGCUACCACGCUUCCAUGUUUGAUCUGUCACCUAAAUAUUCAUAUAAUAGCGAUUCGUAGCUCAAAACUAUGGUCUGUUAUAGCUAUGCAGGCCAAUGAAUUCUAUUCUAUAUGGGUGAGGUCCUGGCAAGCUAAAGAACCUGGGAUUUAAAAUUCAGUUGGCCCCUAAAAAUGUAAUAGACCACAAUUUAAAUCGUUUUUCUCAUACCAUCACGACUGCAUUAGAAAUAGGUAUACACCGUUGUUUCUCACCACUUAUGACGUCAUUUAUUGUUUUCUUUUUCUUAUCUCGAGUACUGUUCAUACAUCUGUUUAUUUCCCAUUUUAAAAGUUACUCGUUUUAAUAAAUAGUUGUUCGUAUAA